AUGGCACUGCUCAACCCGACGUUUAUCUUUGGGGUCCUUGUGCUCCUGUAUCUGUCGUCCUUCGUGCUCUUCGCCGUCCUGCGCAUCAUCACUGGCAUUUCCAUACAGCGCAUUGGCUACUUUUCGCUCCGCCGCCUGGCCUACACACCCAAGGAUGGCGUUAAGAUCGAGAUACGUGGCCUCGGCCUCAAUGUGCACCGUCCAACAUUCUCGCAGCCCACAUGGCUGAGCAUUGUUGUCAGUGAAUUGGUCGUCACAGUGGAUACCAGGGCACUUGAGGGCCAUAAACCUGAUCCGGACCAAGCCGACAGCAGCGAUGACGAGGCCGUUAGAAAGGGGAAGGAUUUCAAGACGCUACCGUUGCCUAAAAACCCUCUUUCUCGACGAGCCACGCUCGGAGUCGCUCGCAGCGAGACAUGGAAGCAGCUCAUGAGGACCAAGGAGCGACUCAAGCGAUUACACCGGAAUAUAAACUGGCUUCGAAUGGUGGACGUUGUGGCAACAAACUCUACCGUCAACCUGGUAGACGUGGGUACCAUACAAUGCGGCAGCUUUACCGUUGCUGUCGAUACGCGCAAAAAGAUGGUCGACCGAGCACGCUAUUUCUUCCAGACCAGAGCCGAGAAGCACCGUCAGAAACAACAAGCGGAAUGGAUCGUCACCCUGCGCAGUGUCUUGUUCACAGCCAAUGGCGGAGAAGCAUCCGAGGUCAUCGAUAAUGCUGUGCUCAACGUCGAUGGGUUUUUAUACGAACAACUUGAUGGGCUGCGCGAUGCAUCCAUAGCCCUCAAGCUAGGCCGUGUUCACAUACCCUACGACGAUGUCCAAACGUGUGUUGAACGUUACCAGAGACGCAAACGGAUGUGCUCAAAGGGCUAUGCGACUGUCGAGGCAAUGGAGGUCUCUGUUGAUAGGGUGUUCCAGGAGCUGGAAGAACCAGGCAGUACCGAUCAGGACAUCAUGCAAGCCGUCUCGGACUCGAAAGAAUUUGUUAGUUCAAUUCUUCGGGGGAUCAAGGAGGUACAAUUUGCAGUGAGCCUAGUCGGUCUCACUAAGAAGGUCGACACGGUGAAGACGUCAGGGGCUCCGCUCGUGCUCAAUGCUUCCAUGAAGGAGGUUGGAAUUGACCUGCAUCGUCUUGAUCCCAAGUCUCCAGCGCAUCGCAUGUACUUCCCAUCAAAGGACACGGCCCAUGAGGCGUUGGCUGCAGCGCUGUCCAUCUCCGUUGGCGUGGACGUCGGGCACGGCAAACCGGAGAGGCUCGUCUACAUCCCUAUGGCUACCACCACGGUCAAAACUACCCUCCCGUCCAAGACUGUGGAGCUUGCGGACGAUGGAAGUGCUGAAGAGAGAAAUGCUAAUCUCUUCUUCGCUAACUCUGUUGUCACUUCGCCGUCCGUCGACUUAGAUCCGAAGCACCUCCCAAUCCUAAUGGCACUGCUGCGGCCUCAACCAAAAGCCCCCAAGGCACAGGUGCAGCAAAGGCAUAAGCUCAUCUCGCGCUUGCUGCCAAAGGCCACUAUCAAGUUCACAAUGCAUGAGCCUGUGGUAAGAAUAGCCUUGCCUCCAGUUCAGAAGACCGACGAUCCCGACGAUUUCGACCUGAUCGUCUCUUCCAUCUCCUCCAUUUCUCUCGACCUCGAGUCUUUUCACUCUACGGUCGAGGAGAUGCAUUAUUCCCUCGUCACCCAAAUGCGGGUCCAAACGCAUCAGCUGUAUUACCAGACCACACAAGGAAGUCGAUUUGACCUCAUUGAAACGGAGUAUUUCGAUGUCAAGGUGACGGUGGGAGCGAACCCAGAUGUCCACGUUAUAGCCAAUGGGCAUCUUCAGUCUUUGGCGAUUCACAUGAUUCGACCCGAGAUAACGGACGGCAUACGACAGAUUAUCCGGCAGCUGAGGCUUGAUGUGCAGCCAGACAAGGUUAGCAAACCGAAGUCUCAACAAUCGCAAAAUCUCAUGAGGACGUUGCCUGAUUACUUUCUCCACUUCACUGUCUCGAUCGAUGAUUUCAGCGCAGAAGUAGCCGGCAUUGACGAUGAAUUCCCCCAAAACACUCGUGGGGUCGCCCUUCAGGUUGAUUCUUGGUCAAGUGAGUAUCGUGCUCAACGUGUCCACCCGAAUACGCGUCAAAGACCUGCCUCUAGAAGACGGGCAACAAGUCGGAGUUUGAUGCCUGACGCAGAGCUCUUGAAAUCAAUGCCGUCGCCAUCCUUCGCCCGCAAGAAAGACCCGUACCAAAAUGAAGGCGACGGUCGCCGGCUCGCCGUCCACAUACGUGGUUUGGAAGCCUACAUCAUCGACAACCUGGAGAAGUGGGAAGUUGAGCCAUUCGUUCACUUGCCUCGCUUUGAAGUAGCGCUAACCACUGUGAGCGACAAACAAGGCCCAAUUCUUCAUGUCCGUUCGCAUCUGAGGUCGCUCCUUCUCCAAUAUUCGCUCUAUAGGCACUACUCCGUGGGAAUCGCUGUAAUGGUGCUGCGCAAAUCCUUCAUGCGUACGCGACGGGACACCGUCGACUCAAAAAUGACACGAAAUCACUCGACAAUGAGUCCGCCCAUGAGUCCGCCCAUGAGUCCCAAAAUGGAGCACUUGGCACCGCCGAUAUUGUCACCCGAAUCACCUGCCACCGACCAUAUGGACCACCCAUUCCGGGCUGCCAGAGAACUAGUGACAGUUGAUUUCAAAGCUUCGUUGAUUCAGAUCAAGGCCGAUUUGCCCGCUGAUCCUCCAAUCAUGUUGCAGGUUUAUAGUAUGGAGGCUGGUCAACACAGAUGGUCCCCACCAUUCUUCCUUGCAAAGCUUGUCCGUGUGUAUGCGGGCGCACCUCGAAUGCGAGGAGUCUGGGCCCGUCUUGCAAGUAUCAAGACCUUCCGAUUAGACUAUCGGGAGUCUCGACGAAUCAUGGCCUUUGGAGGCCAUCAAGAUGAUAGAAUGUUUGACAUCGUGACCGACGCAAUGCGCAUAGCCGUUCCUCACGAGCUGCUCUUCAACAAAAUAUCCGACAACAUUGUCAAUGUUAUCAAAGCUUCGGAGCAAUUACACCACCGCUUCAAGACGGGCACCAACGAGUACAUCCUAGAUAAAGCCCCUGAAGGGCCCAAGAACGUGCCCAAGAUCUCCUUGCGGAGCCGGACAUUAUUAUUUGAACUCGAAGAUGGUGCUUUCGAGUGGAAACUCGGCGUCAUCUACCGGGCGGGCCGUGUCGAACAGCUUCAGCGCCUUGCUCGUGACGAGGCUUAUCAAGUCAAAAAGAAGAAGAUUAAAGAGCAGGAACUCCGCAAGGAGACUACUCGCUACCGUAAUCGUUCCGCAAUGCCGCGGGGAAGAACGUCUCAUACUAGCAGUUCCCACACGCGCAGCAGAAGUGAGGAUGCACGACCUCGGACUGGCAUUGAUGGACGGUCUCACAGCGAUGAUGGCCCUGGUUCCCACAGGCGAGGCAGGAAACCCCGGUAUGAUCCAGAUCAGAUACUUGAGUUCAGUGGCAGUGCGCACGUGUCAGCGCAGGACGCGGAGCAAAGACUUAAAGAAUAUAGUGCGCAGAGCUGGAAGAAACGGAUCGACCGACAUUUUGACAUGGCCAGAAACAGCAUGAAAGAUUUGCGCAGCCUAUUCUGGGGCGCGGAUCACUUACCAGAUGACCUGGAGCACACGGAAAAGAUACUCGAAGUCCCGCAACGGCCGGCACUAAUGGGCGCUGCAAUAUCAGAUCUGCAUGUCAUGAUUGACAAACCCUCGUUCCCCAUGCAGCACCUGCCUGAGUAUCUACACAAGGUCGGAAAGGGGAUGCCCAAGAAUAUGAAGUAUUCACUGCUCGUUCCCAUGAAUGUUCAAAUCAGCUUGGGCGAGGCUAGAAUUACUCUUCGGGAUUAUCCUUUACCCCUUAUACAUGUUCCAGCCAUCAAAGCGGGCCAAUCGUCUCGUUUACCCGCGCUUUCGCUCAAAACAGACUUCGUUAUCGCGGAGGAGUAUCGUGGACACGAAUCGACACGGAGGAUCAAGGUGCAGAUCACACCACCGGCUAUCGAUGAGACGGGGCAUCCUAGCGCCGACUUUACCAUUGACGUCCGCCGCACCACCGGGCCGGUCAAGACAUACUCUGACAUGAAUAUCGACAUCAAUACUGCAUACCCUACCAGAAUUACAUGGGGCCCUUCAUACCAACCAGCCAUCCAGGAUAUGAUGAUGGCAAUUGAAUCGUUCACGAAACCACAGCUUGAUCCAUCCGAGCGUGUUGGGUUCUGGGAUAAGAUCAGGCUCAAUUUUCAUUCACGCCUGCGUGUGGCGUGGAAAGGCGAUGGCGAUGUUCAUUUCGCUCUGAAGGGUAGUCGUGAUCCUUACCAAGUCACUGGCAACGGGGCUGGUUUUCUCAUGUGCUGGCGAAACGACGUGCGGUGGAACAUACAUACCGAUGACGACCCGAAGAGGUUUAUGACUGUUGACAGUGGUGAAUAUGUACUGGCAAUUCCCGAUUACAGCCAUCAGGUUCGGGAGGGUGAACGUCCCCGCGGGGAAAGCGACAGUGUGUCAAGUGAGGACAGCUACAGGUCGGGUUCUGCAUUCAAGAAGGUUGUAAUGAAGCUGUCCGGAAACGUCCAGUGGAUGGCAGGACUGGUUUUCGAACGAGCCAUCGAGGAUGGCAAACGGAACUUCGAUUUCAUUCCACACUACGAUCUUGUUCUGAAGGCACCACAGCAUGCUAAACCACAGGGUUUGCUACCUUAUGACGCUUUCAGGGGCUUCAGGAGUCAGCACAUCCACCUGUCCAUCGCGGUCAGGGCCCCGGUCGAUCGAGACUGGACAUCAAACCAGCCGCAGUCAUCGAGAAGUUACAACACGGUGCACUUGACCCCAAGAUUCUUCACACAUUUCUAUGCUUGGUGGUCACUGUUCAGCGGCCCUAUGUCGUUACCUAUUCGCCAAGGUUCGCUCUGGCCCGGAAGGGAGAAGAACAGCAAGAAAUUCGGGAGGCAUCUAGGCACCAUCAAAUACAACCUUCUCCUCGCUCCCCUGUUUCUCAGCCACAUUUACAAGCACAAGGAUGCGGAAGACACCGCCGAGAGUUCGGUAUCAGCAACAGGCAUCAAAGUCAGGUUCGACAGUUUCAUGCUUGAUAUGCACCAGCGACGAGAGGAAUUCAAUACUCGUGAUCGUGGACGCAAGACUAAGAGCAGGACAACGGGCAUGAAGUUACAUGCUGCUCAGCUUGAUUUGGUCUCGGCGGACAUUCGUGCCGUUUCUGCUAGUAUCAAAGGCACGACGGCCGAGGCGAUCAAGACGAACUCUGUGGCAACUUUGAUCGCACAAGGCGAAGAAGACGGCACCGAUCUAUCUCACUUCACUAUUCCGGACAAUGACUUCAGCUGGAUCGAUAUGGACGAUUUUGUCGAGCUCGACUGGAUUUUACCGUCAGAACCAAGUCCGGAUACGAAGAUUCUUCCACUGGCUUACGCCCCACGGAUCACAUAUUUCAGGCAGACGGAUAUUGGAGGAGUCAUUGCCGGGGAUCCGGAUCGCACCAGUCCGUUUGGGGACGAACCUACCCAUCUCUGCAUUAUGAGCCAAGAUGACGACCCUAGGCGGGUUCAGUCGCAGCUUGUGCGAGAGAGGCUGGAACAGCUUCACAUCCAGAUCGAAAACAACGCGCGGGCGGUUGGAGAGGCGGAGCUUCGGGUGAUCAGAGAUAACGGCAAGGAUGCAGAUCUGAAAGCCGAGUUCGAUCAACUCAACAAAUUCACACACGUUCUCAAGGAGAAGCGAACGUUCUUGGAAAACAUGUUGCAUCAAAUGGCCAUGAAAAAGCCGAAUGAUGGCCGGGACAAUGCUAGCAACGCAUCGACCGAGGACAACCCACCUCCUGAAGAAUCGAUCGACUUUGCCGGGACCAGUGUCAAAGUCCCAACAGGGGCAGAAUUCGCCAGCGACUUCAAAAACCGCUUUGUCGUUCACAAUAUGCAAUUGAAAUGGAACAACCUGCUGCGUAACAUCAUCCUACGGUACAGUCAUCAAGUCAGUCAGCGUCGCGGUUUCGUGUACUACCUUUCCCGCCCAGCAGUCAAAUUCAUCCUAGAUAUUGUGGAGGAGCAGGCCAAGGCAAAGAGCAACAAUAAGCCAAAUGGUUCAUCGUCGCCCGACAAGGACGAUAAAUCGAGCUCACGAAGUACCAAGGGUGCGAGGUCCGAGGACGUGAAUCCAGAUAUUGAAAAGCGCAUCAAACAGAUCCUGCAAGACGGCCGCAAGUUUGUCAAUGCCGAUGACACUAGUAGUCCUGACGAUGGGGUGCCUAACGUAUCUAUGGAAGACAUUACUGGAGGCAUCGCUGAAGAUUUCGCACCACAGAGCAGCUACCACGUUCGCGUCAUUGCACCUCAAAUUCAGCUUCAGAGUGAAAAGAACAAGAAACAUGUUGUACUCAUUACGGCCAAAGGAAUGGAGUUGAAGGUAGUAGAAGUCAUGGAAAAAGCCAGGUUAUCUGAUCUUGUCAGCGGUCUGGUUCAGCGCCGAUUUUUCGUCGGCAUGGAUAGCACGCAGUUCUUCGUCACGCACCAGAAAUGGUUCUCGGGCCAGUUGAUGUCAAUGUACUCUGGCAACACAUACGGAGCGCCCGCCGGCUCAUCCUGGCCGCCAUGGGUGCCUAUGGAGGUCAUGUUCGAUUUCCAGUCGGAUCCCUUUGGCUUCAAGCGAGUAGUCCGGAAGACGUCGGCUAUGUUGAGAUAUGACAAGUACAACACCCUCCGUUUGAAAUACAACGACGAUGUCAACAGCGAAGGCACAAAUCCCACUUCCGACGAACCCACCACAGAGAGCAGAAUGGACAAUCUGUGGGUCGAAUUCCCUCAGGCGCGGGCACUCUGCAAUUCGUCACAGUAUUAUGCCAUAUACGUUAUUGUGCUUGAUCUUCUCAUGUACAGCGAGCCUCUGGAGAAGACAAGAAGCGAGCGCUUGGAGAAGAUAUUGCUUGCAUCCGACUUCAGCGAUCUUCGAGGCGCACCCCAGAUGGUUACCAGACUCCAGGAACGAAUCAGACAGCUCGAAGACAUCAAGACGCACUUCCAGAUCCACUCCAAGUACCUCGACCAAAAGGGUUGGGAAGACAGGCUGCUCCUGGAGCGAGAUCUUGCCGCAUGCGAGGAUGAACUCUUCUUCAUGAUGAAGGCCAUCACCACUUCGCAGCGCAAGUACGAAAACACAUCGCAGAGCAAUGCGUUGCUGAGAUGGAGUAUAUCAGCUAGGGAGAUUGUCUGGCACCUAAUUCGUGACAACAAUGAGCCGCUUGUGGAGCUGCAACUCAGAGACGUUGAAUACGACCGUACUGACAACUCAGAUGGCUCCCAUAUCAACCUGAUGCAGGUGGGCAAGGUCCUGGGGCUGAAUCUCUUGGCCGACGCUAUGUAUCCGGAGAUGGUCGCACCAUACUUUGACGGUGACAAAACCAAUGCUGCCGAAUUCGCGAACCAACACAUGAUUCGUGUGUACUGGCACAUGCUAGAAGCCAUUGCCGGCAUUCCCGUCAUGGACCAUUUCGAGGUGAAUCUUUUCCCCAUGAAGAUCCAGCUUGAGCGAGAAGUGGGCAAGAAACUGUUUGAAUACAUCUUUCCUGGUAUGGACGGAGAAUCUGCCAACGGUAGCAACAGACUCAAAACCGACUCGCCUUUCAUGGUAGCCCAGGGCAUCAGUGAGGCGGACGACGAAGUGGCAGACGAAUCUAAUUCUGGAUCUGGCCGCCUUGGAUCCGGUGGCUCGGACAAGGAUGCAAGCUUCAACACUAGAGCUGGGUCGCUGGAGCUCCGACUCCGACCUACCUUGCAUUCAGAAUCUCGGUCGCCUGAUACAUCGCCCCCAAAGACCAAAGCGCUCAGCGUUCAUUCAACAGAGAGUAACGUAUUCCGCCUCUUUGGCAACAAAGCACCUACCAAGAAACCCUCGUACGAAUCCCUCCGCUCAAGCCAGACCCCUCGACCGAGCAUCGGGCGCAGUUCUACUAUGGCUUCGUCUGUAAGUGAGUCGAAAAAGGUCUCCCGCUUCGCAUUGCGCAGCGGUAAAGGUGCUUCGGAGGAAAAGCCCUCAGACGAUCUUACCAAAAUGAUGACGCGCGCUUCCAAUUACAUGACGUUUGCCUACAUCAAAAUGCCAUCUGUGGUCCUCUGUCUUUCGUACAAAGGCCGCGGUGACCGCAACAUCGAGGACGUACAUGACUUUGUCUUCCGCCUGCCGACGAUUGAGUACCGCAAUAAGACAUGGUCAAAUCUGGAUUUAGCCUUGGCCCUUAAAGGGCGGGUUAUCAAGGCGCUCAUCAGCCAUACCGGUGCCAUUAUCGGCAACAAGUUCAGCAAGCACAGGCCCAACACGGCUCAGCAGAACAAGCUAAGGGAACUGGCCACAAGUAGUGUUUUGCUGGCGACACCGGCCCUAAACAACAGCGGCGAUAAUAGCGAUGAUUCGUCGAGUCUCUUUGGGACCAGCCCAGUCGAUUAUUCACGAAGCCCACCGAGGAGUCUCAGGGGCAGUGGGAGCUCGAUUCCCGUUCCGCAGAGGAGCGACAGCCGUAGCAGCAGCAUAGCGAGUAGCAGACGCUCGUACCGACCGGUGGGUAAUGUCGCAGGCCCGACUGAGCUGCGAACCAACAUCCCAACAUUCCUCAUGAUGACACCGCCCACGCCGGCACUGGAGCGGCCGCAGACGGGUAUCAGCAUUGAAGACAGUUACAACCGGCCAGAGACUAGCGGUGGACUGCGGCCUGUGAGUCGGGGCAGCAGCACGUUGAUCGAUUUCGAAGGCAACGGUCUCCGCAGAAAAUCAACUGGCGGAGGUGGCAGUACCAACACCGGGGCCGGCUUUCUCAGAGGAAAGCUUAACGCGCUCACAAGCCGGCUGAGGGAACGCGAAGGGAGCAAUCUGGGACGAAGUGACGCGGCAAGCGUUCAUGAAGGUGAUGACGAAGCAGCACCCGAGGAGGACAAGGCGAAGGAGAAGAACGGGGACAGGAGGCCCUGGAGUGGCAGGAUCAAGACGGGAUAG